AUAGUCAAAACACACGAGAUUGAUAAAAUGGAAACUCCAAGUGGGGGAAAGUAUCGACAACGGAUCCAAAGGCUCCAUCACCAACCGCUCAAACAUAAGCGAGAGAGACGCAAACCUCUGCCUCUCCCCUGUAUCUUCUCUGCUCCUCCAUCUGUGCUCGCACUGUAGAAAAAAGUUCUGCGAACACCUCAUAUUCCUCCCAGAUUGUAUAGUGUCAAAUAUCUUUAGAACUCUACCCAGAAGAACCAGUAGCACCCCGAGAACACUAUGGGCAUUUUGCACGACGACGUGGUGAUUAUUAGGGAACCCGAGAAAGAAGGCGACCCAACCGUUAUUACUGUGAAUUGUCCUGACAAGACUGGCUUGGGUUGCGAUUUGUGUCGCAUCAUUCUCUUCUUCGGACUGAACAUUGUCAGGGGAGACGUAUCAACCGAUGGGAGAUGGUGUUACAUAGUAUUCUGGGUGAAUGGGAAGCCAGAAACGAGGUGGAACUUGUUAUUAAAUAGGCUAAUUGCUGCGUGCCCAUCUUGUUCUUCUGCUUCCGGGAUUUCUUACUACCGCUCUGAACCACAACCUCCCAAGCCUCCGGACGUCUUCCUAUUAAAGUUCUGUUGCUAUGAUCGUAAAGGGCUUUUACAUGAUGUUACAGAGGUUCUAUGUGAACUGGAGCUUACCAUAAAGAAAGUGAAGGUAUCUACCACACCCGAUGGAAAAGUGAUGGAUCUGUUUUUCAUCACUGAUACCAGGGAGCUUUUGCAUACAGAAAAGAGGAAGGAAGACACAAUUGAACAGUUGAGGGCCAUAAUGGGGGAUGUCGUAGUUAGUAUUGACAUUGAAUUGGUCGGCCCAGAAAUCAGUAGUUGCUCUCAGGCAUCUUCGUUCCUUCCAACUGAAAUCAGAGAGUAUGAUUUUGACAUGGAAUUGUCUGAUUCAGUCAGAAGUGCAACUCUCACAUCCGAGAGUGUUUCUAUCACGAUGGACAACCUGCUGAGCCCUUCACUCACGCUUGUCCAAAUCAUUUGCCAAGAUCACAAAGGCCUUCUUUAUGACAUAAUGAGAACUCUCAAGGAUUACAACAUUCAGAUCUCUUAUGGGAGGUUCUCAAUAAAAUCAAGAGGAAAAUGUGAGAUAGACUUGUUCAUAAUGCAAGCAGAUGGGAAAAAGAUACUGGACCCUAACAAGCAGAGGUCCUUGUCUUCUCGCCUCAGGAUGGAGCUGAUUCGUCCUCUCAGAGUAGCGGUGGCAAGCAGGGGUCCUGAUACGGAGCUUAUGGUGGCAAACCCUGUGGAGUUGUCUGGCAAGGGAAGACCUCUUGUUUUUUAUGACAUUACUCACGCUCUCAAGAAGCUUGGCAUCUGCAUCUUUUCGGCUGAAAUUGGAAGACAUGCGAUUGGAGACCGAGAGUGGGAAGUAUAUAGAGUUUUGCUUGAUGAAGGGGAAGGCUUGAGCGUUGCGAGGAACAAGAUUGAGGAAGGAGUUUGGAGAAUGUUGAUGGGUUGGGAAAAAUGAACCAUGCUUGCCGACGCUGUCCCUUUUGGAAGGACCUUUAUAUGUACAGUAGUGUAAUUUGGUCUGCCACUAUAUAGCUAUCGUUAGAUGUAAUUGUGAAAUAAAUGUUGUGAAAAUGUUUAGAAUUUGAUAUAGUUUUAAAGAGCUGCUGUAUUUUUCUAACAUGGUGUACAGAAAUGAGUAGAUAAAGGAACAACUAGAUUAAAAAGGGCGGAGUACAAUACAAGAAGCUUAUUGUAGAUGUAAGUGAACUGCUGUAACUUGGUAAAUACAAGUUAAUGCAUGUAUUCAACUCUUUCUUCUC